AUGGGUCUCGUCUACUCGUGUAUGUGGCUCUUUGCGCCAAACAAAAAGACUCGGUUGGUCAUGCUGGGCCUCGACGCCGUUGGCAAAACCACACUCCUCUACCAGCUUCAGCGCACGCUUCACCCGACAGACGACAGCAGCAACAUGGAACCGAUCACGACCAUUUCGACAAUAGGCUUCAACGUCGAGCGGUUCCAGCUCCAAGGCCUCGACUGCACGUUGUGGGACGUCGGUGGCAACUACCGCCUCUCGUCGAUCGUGCGCCACUACUACGAAGGCGCUGAUGCAAUCCUGUUUGUCGUUGAUACCACCGACCGUGCGCGCAUGGGCUCGGCACGUGACCAUCUGCACAACAUUUUAGCGUCCGACGACCUUCGAGACGCAGUUCUUCUUGUCUACGGCAACAAACAAGAUCUUCCGCAGGCCAUGAGCAUUGCGGAUGUGACCGAGGCGCUUCAAUUGCACGCGGUUCGUCAGCGGUGGUUUGUCCAAGCGUGCUGUGCGACAACAGGCGACGGACUUUACGAUGGUCUUCGCUGGCUCGCCACAGCGCUGCGUAAGACGUCGUGUUAAUGGAAUGCGUAAGGAGCACCCAUUCCCACAUUUCGCCACCAACACCCAUGACAACAACUGUGCCGAGGACAGAAAUGCUAUUUUUC